AUGAACACAGUGGACUUCAGGUCUGUGGAGAUCACUGAGAACACCGUGGGGCUUUGGGAUGUGGAGGUGGUGAAUGGUAUCGCAGCAGGAAAUAAUGUCAAGCUGGUGCCUUACGUCUUCCCCGACCACAUGGAGUUUGUGGAGCUGAGCUUCACGCUUGGAGAAACCAGCACAACGGUUCGCACCAAGAAGCCGCUGGACGCAGACGUACUGGCAGGGAGUGACGGCAUCUUGCAUUACUCUGUCAUGUGUGACGGACAAAUAAAGUACAACAACACGCGGAAACUGAAAGUCAAUGACAUCAAUGACCACAGGCCAGUAUUUGAACAGGAUUCCUACAGCACCACCGUCUCUGAGACACAAAGUGUGAACACCGAGGUUCUUCGAGUGACAGCUGUGGACUUGGACAGCUCCCCAGAAAACAAGACAGCGACAUAUUCCAUUGCACCAACCUCAGAAGACUUUAUGGUGACCAACUCAGGGGCUUUUAUUUUGAAGAGACGCUUGAACUACAAUGUAGUCCAAAAGUACAACUUCGUCGUGACGGCCCAGGAUAAAUGGGGGUUGAGUGACACAGCCAAUGUGCUGAUUAACGUGGAGGACUUUGACAACUUGAACCCCGCUUUCAGCCACAACCUGUACCAGGCUUUUAUUCCAGAGAAUCAGGUAGGGUUAUUCCGUACCAUUCAACCAGAGGCGAUAAAGGCUCAUGAUGGAGACAAGGGGCUCAAUGUCACUUUAACUUAUAGCAUCAGUGCAGGUGAAUCAAAGCUCAAACAUCUUGAAGGACAACACACGACAUACAGUAUGUGA